GGAGCGAGCUCGUCGAGUAGAGGGAAAUAGAAAGAGAGAAGCUUGCUGUACCGGUUGUAGUGGAAGAUUGCUUCGCUUACUUCGCACAACUCUUGUCCUCGUAGAUCGAGUUGACAGCUAAUAUAUGGACGGUUCAAUACCACAAUUUGUGGACUCAUCCAUCUAAGUAUCUUGUUCAUCUCUACAACAAGAACCUACCCCUUCGUAAUCUGUGUCUAAGUACAGCUUUUGCUUUAUAAUUUCUAAAUUCAACAACGUCAACGACCAGUUACACGACGUGGGGUAAAUAGCAAUCAAAAUUAGCGAAAAAAAUAUAUGGUGUUCUUCCUGGAGAAGUGUUUCAACGACACGCAGGAUGACAGCAAAUUGGGGCAGGUUGGUUGCUGCAACUGUGACCGGUCGCAGCCGCCGGGCGGGUGUCUGCGGUUCUGGUCCUGUUGCUGCAACGGUUGUUGCGGAACGGGUGCCUGUCUCACCGGGAACUACGAUGGUGCCGGAUCGCGGGCCUUCAAACUGCAACUGUCCCUGUUCCUCUCGGUUUUCCUUCUGAAAAUGCUCUUUUUACCCACGCUGGACGUCAUCGUCCUCGCGAAAACGAGCCGCGGAAACGGACCUCCACCUACGUCCACCGCCACCGCCGCGCCAACGGAAGGAGCAACUAGUGGUACAGCCGCGUCAGGUACAGCAACCCAGUCGGCCUCGGCGUCCUCUAGCUCUACUAGUAUGGCGGAGCUCCGGCACGGGAAGAGGAUUGCGGGGGAACAAGUAGAUCUUCUUCACGAUUUUCAGACCGCGCAAGAAGAUCCUCGCCAGGUCAUCGAAAUCUCCGCCGUGGGCGACAAAGGCGAAGCGGGACAAGGCUCAUCUACCGCCGCUGGUACUAGAAGUAGAACUACUACUAGUACCUCCUCCGCAGCAAUGGUGCAGCUCAACCAGCAGGAGAAGUCCUCGGCAAACGUAAACAUGAAGAUGAAGCAGGGCGUUGAACAAAUGGCGGAUACACCAACAAAGGCGGCGGGAAUGAAAACUGCGAAGAAAGUCGUGCAGGAGGUGGACACGACGGGCCAGGGCCAGGGGAAAAUCAAGGACGCCGCGGCCGCCCAGGAGGACGGAGAGAAAGGAGCCGCGCUGCAGGGAGACGAACUAAAAGCCGAGCUGCAGGAAGUCGAAGCGGAUGCAGCGGAAGCGUUCGACGAGACGAACUUCACGGGCUUGACCAUUCUUGUGGUCGCGCGCACGGUCGUGUAUCAAAUGCAAAUAUGUCUGGGUCUGGAAGAAGGUAAAUUUGUGACGCGAAUAAAUGUGAUUGUAAAUCUGAGUUGCAUGACUGCCACGAGUUCUUACCAGUUUUGGGUGCAAGGUGAGCGGGAGUUCUUUCUCGUGCAGAGGAGGCAUGAUGAAGACGUCAUAGAACAAUCUGUCAUGCUAGGCCCUGCAUUCCAGACCUCGUGGGGCUUUGAAAGCCUGCAUGACGAUCCUUGCACUCAUCUCCCACAGGAGGACCCAGACAUAUUUGCAGUUGAUACCGUGGAUGGGAUCGCGAUUCUCGUCGAGAUCAUGUCGCUGAUCCACCUGUUCUAUGAACUGCAAAAGUAUCGUACUUGUAUAAAAAAUGCAAGUCUUGCAUUACAAAGCUUGUUCCCAAGGCAAAUCUGCAUAUACAAAUUUUAAUUCUCAUGCUGAGGAAAUAAUUUGUAAUGCAGUUAUACGAAUACGCUUGCUCUUUUGCAGUUCAUAUGUUCACGUGGGACGCGAAGACCUACCAGAGCAAAAACUCCGCCGUCGUGGGGCCGCCCACUACCGUGUAAGGAGUGGAAGCUCAGUGCUUCUACUCCUUAUCACCCUCAUCUUUCGGUACUAAGAGCAGCAAGAGCGUGAAAGAUCAAGAUGCUGUGUCAAGAUUUUGAGCAGGUGGAGGACCUCGAACUACAGCAGCAGAAUGUUAUGAUAAAAUUAAAAAUCAGCCCCUGUUCUUGAAUAUGUAUAUGCCUCUUGUACAAUUUGAAGAGAAUGUAUAGCGAAUCCCGCCCAGUCAAUAUGUAUUAAGUUGCCGUGUACGUGAACGUGAAUGAAAAUCAAUAUUUGUUUGAGUUUCUCUGGAAGUUUGUUUCACUACAGUAUGUAACUGGAGUACGAAUUUCCUGGUGCAGCUGGUGUUCCUAAUACACCGGCUACAUAUCCUCCUAUGUCGAAGCCCUCGGGUUGGGUCUACUUUCAAAGACACUGGUUUGAACAAGAAGAUGGCGUCGCCCAUCGCUACUUUGGCACAUGAGUGCCUGCCAAUACCGAAAAAAUCACCUUAUGUAAAAAAUGAUCUGA